AUGGCCGGCUCUACUCAGGAGAAGAAGCCGAAGCUCGUCAAGCAGCAGUCAUUGACGAGCUUCUUUACACCAAAGGGCGGCAGCGCUCCGAAAACCCAGAGCCAACCCCAGAGCUCGCCGCUGGCUAGUCGCAACGAUGCCUCCGUAGCCUCGAAGAAGCGGCCACUCCAGACCGACAGUGACAACGGCAACGAGGGCCCUGCUCUCAGUCCCAAGCGCUCCAAGGUGGAUGAGGACUCGGCACAGAGCACCUUCUUCGCCAAGUCCCCGCCGAAACCUGCUGCAGCCAACGCAGCACACCCUCGGUCGAGUCCUCGCACACAACAAUAUGUCUACAAUCGAUCCAGUCAGGCAGACGGCGGUGGUAGUGUGGGUGAGGAGGAUGACGAGGCCGAGAAACGGCGCAAGGCACAACUGCAUGCCAAAUUCGUCAAGAAGCUCGGCCGCCCGGAUAGCAUGGCCCAGCUGAGGCGAAAGAACUUCCAGAUCGAUGACGAGACCCAGGCGCUGGACGGCGAAGAGGCCGAGGAAGCCGACGAGGAAGAAGCACCGCAGCCGCCCAAGGGGAAGAAGAAGGGUGCCAAGACGGGCAAGCUUACACCUAUGGAGCUCCAAUUCCUGGACAUCAAACGGAAGAACCUAGACACCCUGCUCAUCAUGGAGGUCGGGUACAAGUUCAGAUUCUUUGGCGAGGAUGCCAGGAUCGCUGCCAAGGAGCUGAGCAUCGUCUGUAUACCCGGCAAGUUUCGCUAUGAUGAGCACCCUUCAGAAGCACAUCUAGACCGAUUUGCCUCAGCGAGCAUUCCUGUCCACCGAUUGCCAGUCCAUGCUAAACGCCUCGUCGCCGCCGGACACAAGGUCGGUGUUGUACGACAGAUCGAGACGGCUGCACUCAAGAAAGCUGGCGAUAACAGGAACGCCCCCUUCGUACGGAAGCUCACCAACGUUUACACCAAGGGAACCUAUGUCGAUGAGAUUGGGGAGCUCGACCAGCAUGGGGAUAGUUCAGGGGCACCCUCGGGUGGUUACCUGCUGUGUAUCACCGAGUCCAAAGCCAAAGGCGGGGGCACCGAUGAGAAGGUGGAUGUGGGCAUCAUCGCCGUCCAGCCUGCCACAGGAGAUAUAAUCUACGACAACUUUGAAGAUGGCUUUAUGCGAGGCGAGAUUGAGACGCGGCUAUUGCACAUAUCGCCGUGCGAGUUUCUCAUUGUAGGCGAGCUGACCAAGGCGACCGAUAAACUCAUCCAGCAUCUUUCUGGGAGCAGCACCAAUGUCUUUGGGGACAGGUGCAGAGUGGAACGAAUACCCAAGUCCAAAACCAUGGCAGCAGAGGCCUAUUCCCACGUCACUCAGUUCUACGCAGGCAAGCUGAAGGAGAAUGCCGCCGGCAACGACAAGGCAGCCGCUCUACUGGAUAAAGUGUUGAAGCUGCCCGAACUCGUCACAAUUUGUCUGUCAUCGAUGAUCAACCACCUCAAAGAGUAUGGCCUGGAGCACAUAUUCGACCUGACUAAAUACUUCACAUCAUUCAGCGCUCGCUCGCAUAUGCUCAUCAAUGGCACGACACUGGAAAGCCUUGAGGUUUACCGCAACCAGACGGACCACUCUGAUAAAGGCAGUCUGUUCUGGGCACUCGACAAGACACUCACCCGCUUCGGUCAGCGUCUGCUCCGUAAAUGGAUCGGUCGACCACUCCUGGAUAAGGAGCGACUGGAAGAGCGGGUGUCUGCUGUCGAAGAAUUACUUCUCAACGCAUCUUCAUCUAGCGUUGAUCAACUCGAGCGCCUUCUAGUCAACACCAAAACCGAUCUUGAGCGUAGUCUGAUCAGAAUUUACUAUGGAAAAUGCACCCGGCCGGAGCUUCUGGCUGUGCUACAGACGCUGCAAAGAAUAUCUACCGAGUUCUCGCGAGUCAAGUCCGCCGAGGACACGGGAUUCAAGUCUCCAGCUAUCAGCAAUGCAAUCGCCUCCUUACCACAAAUUCUGCCGACUGUGCUAUCCUACCUUGAACGCAUCAACGCCGAGGCGGCCCGGAAAGACGACAAAUACGCCUUCUUCCGAGAAAACGAUGAGACCGAAGCCAUAACGGAUCACAAGCUCGGCAUCGCUUGUGUGGAGCAGGAACUCGAUGCCCACCGCAAAGUUGCUGCUGAGAAGCUCAAGAAGAAGAGUCCUGUUCAGUACGUCACGGUGGCCGGCAUCGAAUACUUGAUUGAGGUGUCAAAUACCGACCUCAAAAAUGUGCCAGCAUCGUGGGCCAAGAUCUCGGGCACCAAGAAGCUCUCACGGUUUCACACCCCGGAGGUGGUACGAAUGAUACUGGAGCGAGACCAGCAUAAGGAGUCGCUCGCCGCGGCAUGCGAUGUUGCAUUCUCGGACCUCCUGGCCUCAAUAGCGUCCGACUACCAGGCGUUGCGCGACGCGGUGUCUGCGCUGGCCACCCUCGAUUGUCUUUUGUCGUUGUCCAAAGUGGCCGCUUUGCCGGGAUACAGCAAGCCGCAGUUCCUCCCCGCCGACUCGCCGCCCACUAUCAGCAUCAGCGAAGGUCGCCACCCGAUCGCCGAGCACACCCUCAUGACGUCCUACAUCCCCUUCUCGACCAGGCUGUGCUCGCCCGCCCCUCUGGCCCAGCUGAUUACGGGCCCCAAUAUGGGCGGCAAGUCGUCGUACGUCCGGGCCGUGGCGCUCCUCACACUGCUGGCCCAGAUUGGCUCCUUCGUCCCGGCCGCCGCCAUGCAGCUCACGACCGUCGACGCCAUCUACACGCGCAUGGGCGCAUCGGAUAACAUUUUCACUAACGAGUCGACCUUUAUGGUCGAGGUGAACGAAACCUCGCAGAUCCUGCGCUCCGCUACGCCGCGGUCGCUAGUGAUUCUGGACGAGCUAGGCCGUGGCACCAGCACCCACGAUGGUGCCGCCAUCGCCCAGGCGGUUUUGCAGCACGUCGCCGAGGAGGUCGGGUGCCUGACGCUGUUCAUCACGCACUACCAGAGCCUCAGCCAGGUCGCCGACGGCAUCGAGGGCGGCAAGGUCCGGAACGUGCACAUGAAGUUCACGGCUAGCAGGCAUGGGCAGGUCACUGAGGACGACGAUGCCGAGUGGGACGGGGACGAGGAGAUCACCUUUCUCUACGAGGUCGGUGAGGGCGUCGCGCAUCGAUCGUACGGCCUAAAUGUCGCCCGGCUGGCGCGGAUCCCACGGAAGGUUCUCGAUGUGGCUGCCAGGAAAUCGAGGGAGCUGGAGGAUGAGAUCAAGAUGCGGAGGUUGGGGGGUGCGGCGAGGCUCUUGCUGGAUGUCCUCCAAGACGGCCCUGGCCAAUUGGAUCACCUUAUAUCCAGUGUUGAACAGCUGUAG